AUGACCGCAGCUCUGUGUUCAAACUACUGCUCGCAAUUCGCGUACUUUGGCCUCGAAAACUCGUCCGAAUGCUGGUGCGGGCCAUUCCUCAAGAAUAGCACACAAACACCUCUUUCCGAAUGCAGCUUCCUCUGCUCUGGAGAUCAUACGGCAUCCUGUGGAGCAUUCGGCCACAUCUCAGUCUACCACUCCUCCGACCCGUCCAAGGUCUCCAAUGAUCCCGCAGUGCCCGCCUCGCCCAUCGACAACUACACGUACGCUAAUUGCCAGGUCGACAGCACGAUGCCGCGUCUUCUCUCGAAUGGUGGAGCGGCCGCCAACAUGUCAGUAGAGGGCUGCUUGUUGUUGGCUGAGGCGAUGCAGUAUACGUAUGCAGGUCUCGAAUAUAGCAAUGAAUGCUGGUUGGGCAACGCACUUGCGAACAACGGCGAACCCGAGGGCGCUCGAGAGCGACUGCAAUCUCAGCUGUGUUGGAGCUAG